CCUCCAUGCACGAUUUUGCAGUUUAAUCCAUCAUAUGAACUCUGUAUGAUAUUGACUAUCUUCUGAGGCACGCCGUAGUGUCGAAGAAGUUUCCAUAGUGUUGUUCUGUCCACGCUAUCAAAUGCCUUUUCGUAGUCAAUAAAGUUGAUGUAGAGUUAUGAAUUCCAUUCAAUUGAUUGCUCUACAAUGAUCCGUAGAGUUCCGAUUUGGUUUGUACACGAUCUUUCCUUACGGAAUCCUGCCUGUUGGUCACGAAGUUGGGCGUCUACGCAGUCCUUCAUCCUGUUUAACAAUACCCUGUUGAAGACUUUUCCCGGUAUUGAGAGAAGAGUGAUGCUCCUGUAGUUAUGACACUUGCUGAGAUCGCCUUUCUUCGGUAUUUUGACCAGAAGUCCUUCUUUCCAGUCUUUUGGUACUUGUUCCUCAUCCCAAAUCUUAUUGAAGAUAAUGUGGAGUAUCAUUGCAGUUGCUACUACGUCUGCUUUCAGUGCCUCUGCUGGAAUGUUGUCUGGUCCCGCUGCUUUGCCACUCUUGAUUUGUCUGAUGGCCAUGCUGAUUUCUUCAAUUGUUGGUGGGCCAACACUGACUGGGAGGUCCGUGGGCGCUGCUUCGAUGUUGGGUGUGUUCAGUGGAGCUGGUCGAUCCAAGAGUUCUUUGAAGUGUUCUACCCACCUGUUUCGUUGUUCUUCAAUGUUGGUGAUUACCUCGCCUUCCUUGCUUUUCACUUGUCGUUCUGGUUUACGGCGAUUUCCAGCGAGUCUCUUUGUCGUGUCAUACAGUCGUCUCAUGUUUCCUUCUCUUGCAGCCGUUUCCGCCGUCGUUGCUAAAUCUUCCUCCUCUUCACUUGUUUGUUUACUUCUGUGUAUUCAGCUUGUGCCUUGGCUUUUUCUGCUCUUGUUCGGCUGGUAUUGAUUGCUGCCUUCUUGUUUCUCCUUUCCUGAAUCUUAUCCAGUUUAUCAACAGUGAUCCAUUCCUUGUGAUGGUGCAUCUUGUGGCCCAGAAC